CCAUACGACAGGAAGCAUUGUACUGCACCAUGUCGUCGUGUUAUGUUUCGGGUGUGUUGGCUGUGGCCACCUUCAUGGCCUUCCUUCUCCAUGGAUCCCAUGCUCAGCUAAGCCCCGCAUUCUACGACAGCACCUGCCCUAAUGUAUCCGACAUAGUGCAGACCAUCGUUCAACUAGUCCAGAGCUCCGACCCCCGGAUGCCGGCCAGCCUCCUCCGGCUCCAUUUCCACGACUGCUUCGUCGAUGGUUGCGAUGGGUCGGUUUUGCUCGACAACAGCACUGCGAUUGUCAGCGAGAAGGACGCGCCCCCGAACAGCAACUCUCUUCGGGGUUUUGAUGUGAUCGAUGCGAUCAAGAUGACGGUCGAGUAUGUUUGCCCGGGAGUUGUCUCCUGCGCUGAUAUCCUCGCCCUUGCAGCUGAAGCUUCUGUCAGCUUAUCUGGAGGUCCAUCAUGGACGGUGCAACUUGGAAGAAGAGACGGCACCACAGCAAACCUGACCGGCGCCAACACCAACCUUCCAAGCCCCUUCGAACCCCUAGACAUCCUCAAGGCCAAGUUCGCCGCCGUCGGCCUCAACGACACCGACCUCGUCACCCUCUCAGGAGCUCACACCUUCGGCCGCGCACGCUGUGGCGCCUUCAGCGAUCGCCUCUACAACUUCAACGGCACAGGGAUCGCAGACCCGACCCUGAACACCUCCUACCUGACGACCUUGCAAGCGAAUUGCCCGGACGGAGGGAACGAGACAACCCUCAACAAUCUCGACCUGAGCACCCCCGACGCCUUCGACAACUCCUACUACCUCAACCUUCAGAGCAACGAGGGCCUCCUCGCAUCAGACCAACAGCUCUACUCGACCAGCAACGAUCCCAUCGCCUCGAUCGUGGGCAUCUACGCCGGCAACCAGACCGCCUUCUUCGAAAGCUUUGCUUUGUCGAUGAUCAACAUGGGGAAUAUUAGCCCGCUGACGGGGAGCGACGGAGAGAUCAGAAGCAACUGCAGGCUGGUCAACGCGAGCUGAUCAGAGGUCGAAUUGUUAGUGUGGUGAAGGCGUCAAUAAGUCCUCCAUAAACUGCGUAUUGAGGAUUAAUAUUGGAAUUUUGGGAAUGAUAUAUAUGUUAAUGGGGAUUAUUGUUAUUGUAUGGGGAAUGGACCAUUUAAUGGUAUACAUACAUGCAUUGAUAUUUCCAUCAA